AAAAAAAAAUUAAAUAAAUUGUAUACCUUUUCUUUCCCUCUUUUAUUAUAAAAUGACUGGCAUGGCACUUGAAUUUACACUCGAAAUGAUGGCUCUGCCGAGAGAUCAAGCCAAGGAUGUGCUUCGAGGACUUUUACAUGCCAUCUUUUUUCACCGGCUGCUGAUUAAUGUGGUGCCUCGUGAGCUUCGAGUACUCGAGACAAGUGUUUCAAUCACCGACAGUGAAGAGGUACAAAAUUUAAUUGAAGAAAAAGUCUCAGACUUUAUGCAUAAUACAAGUCCAACACAAGUCAAGCAAGGAAAGGUGGCGCUGUUCUUUUAUGAGAAACGCUUGAAAAAGAAUUGGUUCCAGUUCUCCAAGACGGAAGAAUUUGUGUGCUGGGAACAAUGGGUGAUCACACUCAACCUGGCACCACCUCCAACAUCCGACCAAGAAAAGACGAGAUCCAUCAAAUCCGCCGAGAAUCAGUUCAGACAGUGUUUGAUGAAGAUUUUAGAAAUCGUGAAUGAAUCCAAGGAACAUAUUCCGUCCAUCACAACCACAGAUGGUAACCCCUUUCCUUAUCAGAUUGCAAUACAAUCUCAGACAGAGAGUUGGAAUUCCAUCAUGAAAAGAAUGAUUGUCACAGAUGCUCCAUCCAUUGCCACGAAUAGUAAUAACAAUACAGCUAUACCCACUAGCAGUCAUCCCCCACAUAAUAAUAGUAGUAGACCCAACAGUAUAAAAUCGGAAAGAAGAAUGUCUUAAAACCUGUAUAUGACUAAUUUUUUUUUUUUUUUUUUUAUUUCUAAAUGUGUGUAAUAAAAAAAAAGAAUGGUUUCGAC